CCUGCCCCUCAACAACUUACAGCUCGGUUAUGACGAGCUUUUAAUUCACAUUAACAGUAAGAGUCGCAGCUUCACUCGAGUACAGCAGUGCAUUCUGUCUUACUGAUAUUUCCCGAAGUGUUUACAGCGCUGCCUGUGCACUUGAGCCUUUGUGUAUUGACGGAAGACUCUGAGCCGAGAUUUAAUGAUGACGACAUCAUGGAGCGAUCGACUUCAGGACUAUGCGGAUCUCCCAGCAAACAUGGAUGGACUGGCGAUGAAGAAAUACAGGAGAGAGGCCUAUCACAGAGUGUUUGUGAACAGAAGUCUGGCCAUGGAAAAGAUUAAAUGUUUCGGCUUUGACAUGGACUACACUUUAGCAGUAUACAAAUCACCUGAAUAUGAAUCUUUGGGCUUUGAUCUGACCGUGGAGCGGCUGGUCUCCAUUGGAUACCCGCAGGAACUGCUCGGUUUUGUUUACGACCCCACUUUCCCUACAAGAGGCCUGGUGUUUGACACCAUGUAUGGCAACCUCCUGAAGGUAGAUGCUUAUGGAAACAUCCUGGUUUGUGCCCAUGGCUUUAACUUCCUGCGAGGCCCUGACACCCGAGAGCUCUAUCCCAACAAGUUUAUCCAGCGUGAUGACACAGAACGCUUCUACAUCCUCAACACACUCUUUAACCUUCCAGAAACAUACCUUUUAGCCUGCCUGGUUGACUUCUUCUCAAACUGUGAUCGAUAUUCAAGGGGGAGAGAGCUUUCCUGUUUGGCUCGGACAACCUCAAACAAGGGAAGACUCUGUGAAACAGGCUUUAAGGAUGGAGACCUCUUCAUGUCCUUCAAGAGCAUGUUCCAAGAUGUUCGAGACGCUGUAGACUGGGUACAUUUCAAGGGAACAUUGAAGGAUAAAACAGUGGAAAACCUAGAGAAGUAUGUUGUGAAAGAUGCCAAGUUGCCAUUGCUGCUGAGCCGCAUGAAUGAAGUCUCCAAAGUUUUCUUAGCCACCAACAGUGACUACAAAUACACAGACAAAAUUAUGACAUACUUGUUUGACUUCUCCCAUGGCCCAAAGCAUGGCACUCCACACCGUCCUUGGCAGUCAUACUUCGACCUUAUCCUAGUGGAUGCCCGAAAGCCUCUAUUUUUUGGAGAGGGAACUGUUCUAAGACAGGUGGAUACGACUACAGGACGGCUGAAAAUAGGAACAUACACUGGACCUUUACAACAUGGCAUCGUUUACUCCGGAGGGUCCUCUGAUAUUAUGUGUGACCUGCUCGGAGCAAAAGGGAAGGAUAUUUUGUACAUCGGAGAUCAUAUUUUUGGAGAUAUUCUGAAGUCCAAGAAGCGACAGGGUUGGCGGACGUUCCUGGUGAUUCCUGAAUUGGCUCAGGAGCUGCAUGUGUGGACAGACAAAAGCUCUCUGUUCGAGGAACUGCAGGGCUUGGACGUUUUCUUGGCAGAAUUAUACAAGCAUUUGGACAGCAGCAGCAAUGAGAGGCCAGAUAUCAGUACCAUCCAGAGAAGAGUGAAGAAAGUGACUCAUGACAUGGACAUGUGCUACGGGAUGAUGGGAAGUCUGUUCCGCAGUGGCUCUCGGCAGACUCUGUUUGCGUCUCAGGUGAUGCGUUACGCUGACCUGUACGCUGCCUCUUUCAUCAACCUGCUGUACUACCCCUUCAGCUACCUGUUCAGAGCCGCCCACGUGCUGAUGCCCCAUGAGUCCACAGUGGAGCACACUCACGUAGACAUAGAGAUCGAGUCUCCUCUGGCCACACGCAACCGCCACUGUGUGGACUGCAAGGACACCGACUGCAAAAGAAACCAGCUCGCACGCUCCAUCAGCGAAAUCAAACCGCCCCACCUGUUCGCUCAGCCGCCGCAGGAGAUCACCCACUGCCACGACGAAGAUGAUGAUGAAGAAGAUGAGGAAGAAUAGAUGUGUUUGACCUGUUCUAGGGUAAAGAUCUGUAGGAUGAUGAUGAUGAUGAUGAUAGAGUGAUGAGGAUGUCGUGUGAGGUAGAAAAGGAAGAGUGAAUGUAUGAAGGAGACUAUAAUUGCCAAACCAAGCUCAAAAGCCGAUGUUUGUUCACAGUACCAGACUUCAGUUCAGCCUUACUGACAGUUUCCUCCGUUAAAGAAUACGUAAGUUUGUUUAAAAAACGUUGGGAUCUGAAAUAGUUAAUCAGUCAUUAUAAAAGCACACAAUGUCAUGUGAUAAACAUCCAAUGGAAACAGCACUCUACAUGCAUCAUACAGCCAGUGUUCUGGAGAAGACUCAAAAGCCUGUUAGGACGAGGGUUAAAGUCGGUGAUUGGAUCUUAUUUUUAGGUAUGUUCUAAUCAUUUUUUACUAUUGUUUUAUAGUUUUUAACAGUUUAGACAUAACUUUCGAGUAGCCAGUCCAUCCAGCUUGGUUACUACCUCCUGCAAUAACUGUUCCUUUAAAAAAAAACUCUGUGUGUGUGUGUUAAAGCGGUGUAUGAUGGCAGGGUGUGUGUGUUGAGAAUCUGAAUGAAGCACAGAAAAGCGAAGCACGAUUCAUGGUUACGUGCAUAAGGAAGUGCAGCCAACACUAGAAUCCAGUUACUUGGCAACAGCAUGCAGCUGCCUUUUUUCUUUUUAAAGGUUUGUUGUUAACCUCUUGGUUUUCGUCUUUUUUUUUAAAGCAGACAUUUUGGCUAGCACUAAUGCUACAGAGUAGCAAACAGAUGCCUCGUAUAUGCCUCACAAAAUGAGUCCGAAAACACACACAGACACAUUUCAGUACCUGCUCUAAUGUUGGCAGCGAUGUCACAUUGAACAAUGACUUACUGUAUUUUUAUACUCUUAUAUAAGCUAAACAGAACGGUCUAGUGUUGUCUCAAACAUUACGUGCCAUUAAUAUCUGCCUCGCACAAGACAGAUACAAACUAUUCAAAUAUCAUACGUACAAGUAAGUGACCUUGUUAUGCAAAGAAAAUAGUUAUAAAACUGUUUUAUGGCCCGAGCAGCUUGUUAUUACACAUCAGUAAAGGAAAAGUCAUUGAGAGAAGCUGAGAUGUUGAGAAAGAUCAGUUUAAGUGCUGUUGCUCUGGUGACUGUUUCUAUGGAAAUGAAUGUAGCUCUGUUGAUGGUUUACUGUCAUGUGGACCAAAACACUGUAGACAAAUUAGCUCCAAGGGACCCAUCAGACACUUUUAGGUGUCCCCACAGCGAGUAUGUGGAGUUUUUAAAGAAAUAAACGUUGUUCUUGAGUAUAAUGGUGGUUCACGGUUUAGAGAGGAAGCGGUUUUAGCUGUGGGAAGUGUUCCCGUGCAUGAAACCGGUAGAUUGGGACGGUUAGUGUCACACUUAUAUGCAUUAAUCAGAGAUGGUAUGUCGGAUCUGAUUGAAUGAGGCUACCCAAUCCAUAGUGUAACGUAUUACUCAUGCAUAUUGUAAUGCUAUUAUUUUUAUUUUAUGAGAAUGUCGUUUUUGUUUAGUUUUUUUCUCUUCACGAGUUGUACUUGUCCUUGUACACAGUAUAGAGAAAGAACGAAAAAAGAUCCAGCACCUUUCCUCUGUUUCCAUUAGCUUUUAGUACAAACUCAGUAUUGUGGAGAUGUGUAUAUAUACAUCAUACGGCCGGUUCCCUGGACUUUCAUUAAAACUAGCCCUGGGCUAAUUUGCACUGGUGUUGGUAGUCGUCCUUUUUAGAUGUCUAUGCAAGGGAAACUGGCUUAUGUGUGUAUAUAUAUAUAUAUAUAGUAAUAUAUAUAUAGAGAGAGAGAGAGAGAGAGAGAGAGAUAAUAUACUUUUUUUUUUUUCAUCGAGUUCAUCCAAUUUUCCCAAUAUUAUAUUCUAGAUACCUCUUUAAUUGGGUGAAGGUGUCAUCCAUAUAGUCACAGGUAGCAUUGAAUACAACUCUGUUUGAACCAAUGUUUUCAUAUUACAUUUUGGCAUAGUUUAGUGUAGUUGCGUGUUAAACGUGCCAAUACCUUACUAAUAUACAGAGUAUUUUUUACUUUCUAUUUCUUACCUUGUUAAUUUCUGAUCUUAUUUUUUAUUUUGUUCAUGUUUAAUACAAAUCAUAUUUUUGUGACUUCACUAGCUUUCACUUUAGCAAAAGUAAAAGGUGAAAAACUUCUGUCUGUAGAGGAGAUCGAGCAAAAUAGACAUGGCAUUUAUUAAUCCAGGUUUUUUUUUUUUGUUUUUUUUUUUAGGGCAUGCGAUUUCAUGUCUCCAAAAUGUAGUUGUGUUCCCUGAAUUAUGAUAGCAUUUGAUUUCUAGAGUUCUAAACUUAUGCAUAUAGGAGAUUGCAUUGCAAUGUAAAAUAAAAAAAUAAUUUUCUAUAAAAACUCA